AAUAAUUCCUCAAAAUUCUCUCUUCCUUCGUUGCAUCUUUGAGUUCGCCGGAAUCCCGUUGGGAGCGAAGAACCGUUCUAUCCUGGGAGACGCUUGCUACGUGUGUCGGGCAAAAACGUCUUAAGGAGACAACGCUUUUGUUGGGCUCGGUUGAUACAAAAUGGGAGACGAAAGUAACAUCACUUUUCCGAAAUCAUCCCCGCUCACUACUAUCCCGAUCAGUUCUUCUCACGGGGAGAAACCUAGCAAAUUCAAUGGUCAUGAUUUCAAACGUUGGCAACAGAAAAUGCUGUUUUAUUUAACAACGUUGAAUUUGGCUAAGUGUCUCUCCGAAAGCCAACCUGUAUUAGAGGAAGGCGAGACUGAUAAGGACAAAGUAGCCGCUGUGGAUGCAUGGAAGUAUUCAGAUUUCUUGUGUAGAAAUUAUGUCCUGAACGGACUCGAUGACUCCUUGUACUCAGUGUAUGCCGAUAUAAAAACGGCUAAAGAAUUGUGGGAAUCGCUUGAGAAAAAAUACAAGACCGAGGAUGCCGGCAAAAAGAAAUUUAUUGUCGGGCAUUUCUUGGACUUUAAAAUGGUUGACCACAAAUCGGUUGUUUCUCAAGUUGAAGAAUUCCAACUUAUUCUUCAUGAAAUUCAUGCUGAGGGUAUGUUCCUUAGCGAGUCCUUCCAAGUGGCCGUGGUAAUUGAAAAGUUGCCUCCCAAAUGGAAAGACUUCAAGAAUUACUUGAAGCAUAAGCGUAAGGAAAUGUCCCUAGAGGAGCUCAUUGUUCGUUUAAGGAUAGAGGAGGAUAACCGCAAAUCCGAGCAUAAGGCUGGACGAUCUAAUUCCAUGGAAGCUAAAGCAAACAUGGUGGAAGCGGGAUCCAAGAAAGGGAAGAAGAGAAAGCACAAUGACGAAGGAACAAGUGGAGGGAAACCUUCGUCAAAGAAGUUCAAAGGAAAGUGCUAUAAUUGUGGCAAGCCCGGUCACCGUGCUAAGGACUGUCGUGCUCCUAAGAAAAAGAAGACCGGACAAGUCAAUAUUGUGGACGACCUCUCUGAUGACAUGGGUGAAAUGAACCUAUGUGCUGUGAUAUCUCAAUGCAAUUUAGUGGGAAACACUAAAGAAUGGUGCAUUGACACUGGAAACACUAAAGAAUGGGAAACACUUUAGCAAAAAUGGUUUCAAGCUUGUCUUUGUGGCUGAUAAAUUUGUACUUACAAAGAAUGAUGUGUUUGUAGGGAAGGGAUAUCUCAAUGAUGGUCUCUUCAAAAUGAAUGUACUUACCAUUGUACCGAAACUUGUUGAUAAUAAUAAAGUGGGUUCUUCUUA